AGAAUUUCUCUCUCAAAAAAAUACUUUGGAAAUGCCACGCAGUAAAACAACUACACGUGGGGAAAAUAUGAUGCUUCAUUCAAUUAAUUGACAGAAUUACACCCCUUUAAUCUGCUUAAACAGUAGAAUAGUGAGCGUUUAUUGAGGUCCAAGUAGUUGCUUGGUAAGUCGGAGAAGGACAAUGGAAACUAUGUUUUACGAUGAACCAGCUAUCUUGCCAACAACCAAUCGUAAAUCAAUGGAUUCCACGGCGUUGAAGCUCAAUCUAUGUACAGAUAAAAUGCUCGAUAUCGGAGCUAAGAGAGACGAACUAGGAUUUAGUGAUUUGGCGGAUUUUCUAGUUUCGCCCGACAUUGGAAUUUCUUCCCCGGAUCUCGAGAAUUUGGUUUGGAAAGAAUGGAACUCUAGCAUUGCAAAACCAGCCACUGAAAUUUCCGAUAUUCACUACACCGUUAAACAAGAACCUUGUGUGACUCCUGAAACGGUGACCAAGGAACAAGAAGUUUUCGCGUUCGGGUUUACCGAGGCUUUGAAGAGACUACAAGAGACUGAACAACAAGAAAGCGAAGUUCAACCUGAUGAUUGUGUUGUUCCUGACUCCUCGGAAUCAAGCGAUUCUGCCAGCUCUGAUGAAAUAUCUACAAUUCACGACGAUUGCGAUGCAAAGAUAACAUUUAUUUCAUAUACUUUUGAUUCUAAGGAACCUCUACCGUCAUUUCAAGAAGCUUUCUCAAAGAUUAUCCUAAGAAAAUCAAAUGAUAUUUGUUUACAAAUUAAACUAGGAAAGCGAGAGGAAUUUCCUAAUCAAGAACAAACAACAAGCGAUGGUCAACAACACUGGAACCCAACCUCAAACGAAAAAAACGAGCUUUCUGGUUUCGAAUGGGAUAAYGUAGAAACUGUUGAUGAGGGAUUUUGUUCGAGAGAAGAAAUUCCAGUUAGUUUGCAAGAAGAUAAAUAUUUAGGAGACCCGAAUUUAUCAAUGAGUUGGGCAACAAGUGACUCUGUGGAAAUGACUAGUGAUUUAUUCAGCGAUAAAGCGAAUGAGCCUUUAUUAGACAAUCUUUCUAGCAAUACUUUUAGUAAUAAUUUUAUAAAUGAUAUUGAAAUACUGGACCAGCAAAAACACUGGAUGUCAGCAUAGAACUCAAUUUAUAUGGAACUGAAAUACUGCAGUACAGACUGUUAAUGAAUUAUUACAGAAACUAAAAAACAACAACAACUAGCUCGUUUAACAUUUAUAUCGUGAGCUCUAUCCGUUUUUGAAAUUAAAUCGUUUUUACCAGCCGGCGCCUGUUAGAAAUGCUACAAUCUUUUUCUUGUCGAAUUUAUCGACAAAAAAUAUAAUAUCUAAUAUAAUAUAAUAUAAUAUAAUAUAAUAUAAUAUAAUAUAAUAUAAUAUAAUAUAAUAUAAUAUCUAACAAAGCCAUAAUUAUAGUAAUGAACAAGACGCAAGAUAAAGUUAUAUUUUUACGGUUAAUUUUAACCUGCAAAUUUGAAUCAAAGUUAUUUAUUUGAACUUACAAUUAAAUUUAUAGCUCUUUAGUACUCAGCCAUUCUUCCGAAAGAUUUCUAAAAUAUUUUAUUAAAAUGUGAAUUAAUAAUGUCAGAAUAACUCCGAAAAAAUAUUGUGGCUUUAAUUGGAAAUAAUCCAGUACCUUUAAAAAAUUGAAACUGAUUUAUUUGAAAAUGAAAGAAAGUGGCCGGAGUAUGCAGGUCGCACUGGAAAAAAUCGUGCCCUUUAAAGGUUGUCAAUUUGAUGUUAAUAUGAUGUAAGCGUCCAAAAUUCUGUAAAUUUAAUGGAAAUCCUUUACAUCAAAUUUACAACCUUUAUUGCGCGCGAUUUUUUCCAAUGUCGAUCAAGAAGCAGGAAGUGGUUUUCUGAUUUAUCUGAAUUUAACUUAUAUGUAUCUAAUUAUUUCAAAAAGUCUAUUGCAAUCAACAUCGAGUGCACGGCUGUAAGGAUAUAAUUGACAUCCACCCAUCUACUUUAAAACAAGCAAGGAUGUCUAACCAAACAAAUCAUCAUGGAAGAUCUUCACUUAAUUUAACACUGACUGCCUCUAAUGAAUGUGAAUAAUGCUAUCAAUAGUCGUUACCCUUACAAUAAUUACAUGAUAUGUGACCACGUAGCACUAGGAAAUACAUACCAAUAGUGAACGUUAUAGUGCUUGGUCAUAGUCAUUUCCUUUGUAUCUCAGC